GCGCGGGACGCGGCGGGGAGUGGUGAUGGAGGAGACGCCGUGGGGAAGGAGGCCCGAGACGCAGCCUCGGCCGGUGGCCCGGAGUGGCCGAGAAGUGUGUGUGUGUGUGUGCGUGUGUGUGUGUGUGCGUGUGUGCGUGUGUGUGUGUGUGCGUGUGUCAGAGGCUGCGCAGCGCGGCCGAGCCACGUCCCCGUGACUGACAGUCGCAUGUGUGAACACCUGUAGGGGUGAUGAUGCAGCUGGGCUCUGUCCCCGUCUCUGUGACACACGAGCGUGUGAGAAUCUGUAGGGUCGACGCAGCCGGGCUCUGUCCCCAUGACUGUGACACUGAGUGUGAGCGCCUGUAAUGGAGAUCUGACCGCGCUGUGUCCCCGUCCGUGACAUACGAGCUUGUUAGCGUCUGUAGGGGUGAUGUGACUGGGCUGUGUCCCCCCUGACUGUGACGCACAUCGUGUUACCAUUUGUAGGGGCAACGCAGCUGGGCUCUUGUCCCCGUGGCUGUGACACUAAUGCGUAUGAGCACCUGUGAGCGUGAUGGAACCGGGCUGUGUCCCCGCAUCUCUGACGCACGCACGAGUUAGCAUCUAAAGGGGUGAUGCAGCAAGGCUCAGUCCCUGAGACUGACACUAGGUGUGUGAGCGCCUGUGAGGGUGAUUGGACCAGGCUGUGUCCUCCUCUCUCUGACGCACCAACGUGUUACCGUCUGUAGGGGCAACGCGGCCAGGCCCUUGUCCCCGUGACUGUGACAGUAAGGUGCGUGAGCACCUGUAAGGGUGAUGGGAGCGGGCUGUGUUCCCGUCUCCGUGUCGCACGUGCAUGUGAGCGUUUGUAGGGGUGGUGUGACUGGGAUGUGUCCCUGUGACUAUGAGCAUCUGGGGGAGGUGAUGGGGCAGUGCUGUGUCUCCAGGGCUCUGCUUCACGUGAGAUACAUGCGUGGGCCUUGUAGAGGUGGCAGGGCUGGUUGUGUCUCUGGGUGUAAGAUGUGAGAUGUAUACACCUGUGCACUUCUGUAGGGUUGGCAGGGCUGGGAGGUGUCUCUGUGACAUGGGCACCAGUGGCCAGGAUGUGUGCAGGAUUGUGCUUGUGUAACUGGGUGAUUGGUUGUGUGGUCUUUUGAGUGGGCAUGGGCUGCUGGGCUCUAUGUUGUGUUACAGUGUAACCUGUAAUUCGAGUUUCUCUGCAGCUUUCUUUGCCUUCACCUUCACACCAUGUGUGACCUAUCUAGGUGUAGUGGCUCCAAAGGGAUGUCAGAGCCUGGGUCCUACAAUGAAAACAGCCAAAAAGAAGGGCACAGACAUAGUCAUGUGAAGAAACUUUUAGAGCCAGAAAUGCUCUCCAUAUAGGCUACCAGAAUGACAUGUUGAGAAUGGCUAGGGGUUGGAUUCCUUUUUGCUGGGAACAGAUUCCUGACUUGGGAGCUUAGAGGGAGGGAGCGAGCAGCACAUGUUGCAGAACCCCAAUUACUAGCACUUAAUCCCCCAGGAUUUCUGCAAUAGGCAGAUUCCAGUGCUUUCACAUUUCAGAUGGGGACAGAUAUGGCUCUGGUGGGUAUUUUCUAAUGUAGUCUGUGCUCCAGAAAGUCCCUAGUAUCUUACUAUAUCCUGCUCUUUCCCCCAGACCAGCAUCCUCCAAAAGAAGCAGGAAGAAAGGAUAAUUACACAUCUUUAAAUCAAGGUUCAGGUGACUUUCCUCUUUAGGACUUAAAAAUAUCUGCUUUACUUGUCCUGAAAUGUCCUCCUUAAUAUUGCCUCAUCCCAGUAAUUCCUUCCCAGAGAACGUGACGGGCUGUGCAGGUAUAUUCCCCAGUGUACUCCUUGCUGAUCAGCCCUCUCCAGUGAGUGUUCACAGACCCAUUUUGUGUAUUGUUCAUUUCUUCCUGUGUGCUUUCCUUUUGGUAAGGAGAGGAUUCAUUUGUAGGUGGAAUCAAAACCAGAUACCUUCGUCUUUACCACAGGCCUGAUUUUCAGAGCACAGCAAGAAAGACAAUGAUUUGAUUAUUUUGGUCAGUAAAUGACAAAGUUGGCAGCUUUGUGAGAUUUUUAAGAGUGGAGUUUGAGCAAAGGUCUGAUGGCUUGAGUUUCUAUGAGUUGCAUCUUUGUGAAUUGUGAGAAGCAGUAUGGUUUGAUGUUAAUGAAUGUGAGUUCUGGGUCUAGAGCAAUGAUUGGCAAACUUUUUCUGUAAAGGCCAAGUAGUAAAUAUUUUAUGCUUUGUAUGCCAAAUAUGGUUGCUUCUUCUUGUUUGUUAGAUUUUAUGUUUUAAAACAGUUUUAGAUUUACAGGAAAAUUGCAAAGGUAGUACAGAGAGUUCAUAUAAAUCCCACACCCACUGUCCCUAUUGUUAACCCUUUACGUAAGUAUAGUUCAUUCAUUACAAUUAACAAACCAAUUUUGAUACAUCAUUAUUAACUGAAGCCCAUACUUUAUUCAGAUUUCCUUAAUUUUUACCUAAUGUUCUUUUUCUCUUCCAGGAUCCCAUGCAGGAUACCACAUUCCAUUUAGUUGUCAUGUCUCCUUAGGUUCCUUUUGGCUGUGACAGUUUCUCAGACUUUGUUUUUGACAACCUUGACAGUUUUGAAGGGUACUGAUCACAUGUUUUAUAGGAUUUUCCUCUACUGGAAUUUCUCUGACAUUUUUCUCAUGAUGAGACUGGGAUUAUGGGCUUGGGGGAGCACGAUCACAGAGGUUAAGUGCCUUGAUAUGCAUCAUAUCAAGGGUGCAUACUGUCACUAUGAUGCAUAACUUGUUGACUCUGAUCACCCAGCUGAGGUUGGGUUUAUCCGAUUUCUCUACUUUCCACACUGGACUCUUAGAAGGAAGUCACUGUGUGCAGUGCACACCUAAGGAGUGAGGACUUGUGCUCCCUCUUCCUUCUUGGUUGGUUGUUUGUGUGUUUGUUUUUUGUUUUUACAACCUUUUAAAAAUGUAAAAACCAUUCUUGGCUCUCAUGUAGUACAAAAAUGUGCAGGCCAGAUUUGAUAUGCAGUUAGGAGUUUGCCCAGCUUGAUCCAGAGUAUCAGGGUUGCAAACCCAUCUCUGCCUCUUCCCAGCUUUUUGAGCUUUAGUGCCUGGACCAGAAGUGCUCAGUAAAUAUUAACUGUUGGUGUGAUGUGGUAAUUCUGGGUGUUCCAUUGAUAAGGGGCCAUUAUCUAUCUGAAGAUAAUUGUGAUAGGUGCUAACAAGUUCAGAAAAGGAACCAGAACCUCAACUAUUCUAGAAUGGGAAUCCUUAACCUGAGGUCCUUCCUUUAACUCCAUUUAUGACUUUUCAAGGCACCAGAAUCCCUAUGAAACUGUGUACAGAAUUGUUGUAUAUGUUUGUAAAUGUGUUUUUUUCUGAGAACGCUUAUAAUUUCUUGGGGUUAUCAAGGGUGUACAUGCCCCAAAGAGAUUUAGACCCAUUGGUAGAAGCAAGUACUGCAACCUUAAUUCCCCUUUGCCAUAUAACAAAACAUAUCCAGAGGUUCCAAGAAUUAGGACAUGGACAUUUUGGAGGAAUCAUCAUUCUGCCUGUCAUAGGCCUAUUUAGUCAAUGUUUCCUCAAUAACUAGAAUGUACCCCGUUCCCCAUUCCUCUGCCUUUGUUUCCUUUGUUAAUUUUUGUUUUUAAACUUUGGGACCAUCUUAAAUUUCCUCAAGAUGGGAUUAAUACAGGCCUGCUCCAAAAAAGUCAGUGCCCUAAGGAGCUCAUAAAGAAGAAACUCAAAAUUAUCCACAGUCGUACCAUCCAGAGAUAAUUACUUCUGAUGUUUUGGUCUGUAUGUUUCCACUCCCUUUCCCCCCCUCUCAGCAUGUGUGUGUGGUUUUGUUUCUGGAGCAUCAAAGCCUGCUACUUGAUCAUGUUAAUGAGCCAGUGAUUCUCCAGGUCUUAGCUGAUAAAAGGAAUCCACCCCAGCCAUGGGUUGCAUUAUGCCUGUGUGCGUGUGGGAAGAAGAGGGGUGUGCCACUGAUCCCCUUCCUGCUUUGGAAAACCUCCCAUCGAUUUACACCUUGUAGCAUUAGAGAUACAUCAUUGAUAACUAAUUCCAGUGCAACAAAUUAUCAAGAAAGACAGCAUUUCAGAAUUCAGUUGUCUAGAAAUUUAAUGUUUCUUUCACAGAACAUUGCAAUAAUGACUGAUGUCAUGGUGCCUUGCCAAUAUGGACUUACAGGUAACAUUUCCAAGAACAGAUGUAUAAAAAAAAAAAGAUGUCACAUAGAAGACAAGUUUCAGCCUCUUGCUAAUGUUCUCAAUUUGUCAUCUUCUCAGAUUAGAUUCUUUGAGCUAGAUUUUUGAUGCAGAAUCAUACCUGUCCUGCUCUCUCUCCACUUACUUUCUCUCCACUUACUUGCUGAUGGAAAGGGAUCAGUUCCUACUUAUAUGUCUUAGAAUCUUUAUUGCUAAUAUUGUUAUUUUAAAAGGAUUUCAUUCUUUAGAACAAGCUCUGAAAGUUGUUUUAGUUAUAGAGACAGAGCAAAUUUGAGAAGCACAUAUUUUACCAUAAGAAAAAAGAGAAACAGCAGACUUGAGUUUCUCUUCUAAAAACAGAUUGAGGUAUGUAAUAUUAUUGAUCUUCAAUAAUAACAGCUCACUUAUUAAAUAAUUGUUAUACAUUAUGUGUUUUUGUAGAUUAUCUUACUUAAUAUUUGAGACAGUCAUACAUGAUAGGUACUGUUUUUAAUCCCAAUUUUACCAGUGAGGAAACAGGUACAGUGCGGCUAGUAACUGUCAGAGCCCAGACUCAUCUCCUGAAAAUCAGACCACAGAGCUAGUGUGCUUAAGUCACCAAGACGUCUCCUCCCAGAUUUUACAUACCUUUUCAAACCUGCCUUCUUCCCCUGUUAAUUUAUCAUCAAUUUUUUCUCAGUUAAUAUGAGUCAAUAUCAUUAUUAGUAAAUGCAUUGUAUACCAUUAUAUAGCAGAUCAUAAUUUAUUUAAUCUAACACCUGUUGUAAGAUAUUUCCAUUUUUUUCAUUUUAAAAAAUUAUUCUCUGGAAAAUCUGAAUAAAGUCAAGGUUUUGUGAUAUUAUACUAUAGUUUUACAAUACGUUAGUCUUGUGAGAAACUGGGUAAGAGGUACACAGAAUCUCUGUAUUAUUUAGGAUGUGGACAUUUUUACAACUGCAUGUGAAUCUAAAACUAUCUCAACUAACAGAACAAACUUUCUUUCCCAGAAAAAAAAAUUCUCUGAACAUUCUUAUGUAUUUCUGAAGCUAUUUCCUUGAGAUAAAUUCCUAGAAGUAGAAUUUUGAAUAAUAAAGCAGGCUUUUGUUAAGUGCCCGCAGUAUGCUGGAUCCCUGUACUUGGAGUGAUAGAAUGACUAGAAAGACAUAGGCACUGCCUGCCCAUCGUUUAUCAUCUGUCCAGGAAGGGAAAUUCCAAAUAGAAGAAGCACAAGGCAGCCUAUGGCCAGGACCUGUGGAGAAGGUCGGGUGUUGACCCCAUGGGGUCCUAGGUCAUGAUUUCAGGUCAUGACCAAAUGAUUCUGAAUGCACAGGGUCUGUGUGGGGGUAAAUGGAAUUUUAUUUUCUCACCUUCAUAUCUUACAUAUUUUUCUCAUAGCAUUUGAUAGAAAGGGAGAUCAGUAGGGUGAGAUGAGCUAGCAAUUGUCUGCAAGACAUCAUGGUUGAAGGAUAAGUUCAGAAGCAAACUUCACCCUCCCCUCAAGAUGUAAAAAGAAGCAGCAUUGAGAUAACUUUCUGUAUGUACAAGACAGCACUUAAAAUUUUAGUCAUUUUUCCCAAUGUGCUGCCAUUUGUGGGCAUAUGUAGACAUCAAAGAGUUGGUUUAGGUAUUGGGAAAGGAAACAAAGAAAAGCUAUUUAGUGCAAUAAUCCAAAGUUAAUGUACUUUGAGUUUUUUUUUCUCCAAUUUGAGAAGACUUUUAAAAAGAGAGUUUUUCUGUCUUUUGAGAGUAUAUCUGCCUCUUCAAUUUUAAAUAAAUAAAUACACAAACACAAUUAUAUAUCAAGCUACUGCAUAGCUGUUGUUACAGCAGUUAGUGAGGUAUACUUAAAAAGAAGAUACACAAGGUCAAAGGAUGUAUCAGGGGUCCCCAAGACUGUCACUAAAUUCAGUGUUUCCCCAGGAGGACUCACAGGACUCAGCGUGUAGUCAGCCUCACAGUUAAGAUUUAUUACAAUGAAGGAUACAAAGCAGAAUUAGCAAAGGGAAACCAGGCCCAUGGGACAAUGUCCAUAGGAAACCAGGCACAAGCAUCCAAGAGUCCUCUCCGUCUGGAGUCACCCAGGAUGCCUUUAAUUCUUCCAGCAACAACUUGUGACAACAUGUGUGAAGUGCUGUGUACGGGGGAAACUCACCUGAACCUGUGAGUUCAGGGUUUUUAUCUGGCGUCUGUCACAAGGGUACCCUCUGCCAGGCACGCACAUACCAAAAUUCCAGACUCCCAGAGGAAAGCAGCUAUUCAGCAUAAUCAGCAAUGCUUGUGCAGAUUAGACAACGUAAACCAUCCUUAGUUGGGGAAUGAUAGGAACAGUCCCCAAAUCCAAGUUCCCAGAUGCCAGCCAAGUGCCAAUCCUGCAAGAAGACAUUUCUAAGGAUAGUAGUCUCAGGCAUUAAGUCAUUUUACACAAGGGGUAUAUAACUUUCCAGACUUUUUCUGUUGAUUUCUUAUGGUUUGUUUGUCAGUGUCUGUUUGUCUCUCUCUCUCUCUUUCUUUUUUCCCCCACAAUUAUGUCAUCAUAUCAUGCUGUUUGGUAGCCUGACUUUUCUACUGAUGGUAUAGCUGAAAUAUUUUCCAUGUCCUUAAGUAUUUCUGCCAACAUUUAAUAACCACUUACCAUGUUACAAUCGAUAUUCUGCACUUAUUUAUACAGUUGGCUUUUCUGGACUCAGAGUGCUGAACCCUGCCUGGGCAAUUCCUUCUCCAGCCUGUCCAGUGGCCAUGUCUUAACCAAUAUCACCUGAUCUAGAGGCCAGAAGAGGUUCUGGUUUGGAUGAUGCAGCACCUGUUCACUCUUGACGGUGUGACUGGAGGGAGCAGGGUGCGCUCAGAGUGAGACUAAGCAGCCUAAGCACCCAGCCUUGAGUCCCCAGCCCUCCCAGCAGGGAGCUGACCAGACAUCCUCCUUCUGAAGUGUCUGGGUCAGGCUUCAAGGCAGAAGCUCCUCUGUUCAGCUCUGUGCAGCUGAGUUUCCUGAGGUUUCAGGGAGAGCUUGGAUUUAUCUAGAAUCCUUCCAGUCUUCUCAAGAUUUGUCAUGUGUGUGUGUGUGUGUGUGAGAGAGAGAGAGAGAGAGAGAGAGAGAGAGUGGAGGGGGGGCUGUCAGGAGUACUUCAGAAGCAAAGAUGGAAGAGCAAAAGUUAUAUUAAGUCAUUUUGGGAACCCAUGGUACACCUGAUCUUAAUGCCUCAUUUUCCUCCCCUAACUCUGGCUUCUCUGGACUUUGUCUUCAGUAGAGGAAUCCCGAAGAGGACUGAUCAGUUCUUGAGCUGUAAAACUAUGGCCCACGGUCUGGUGAAAUUCUCAGACGUGGCCAUAGACUUCUCUCCUGAGGAGUGGGCAUGUCUGGACUCUGCUCAAAGGGACCUGUACUGGGAUGUGAUGCUGGAGAACUACAGUAACUUGGUCUCACUGGAUUUGGAGUCAACGUAUGAGACCAAGAGUUUACCUGCAGAAAAGAACAUUUACGAAAAAAAUUUUUCCCAGUGGAACUCCAGUGGAAAAAGUAAAUCUCAUGGUUUUAACUGGAAGGGUAGUGGUGAAUUUGGAGGACCACAGGGACAUCAAGAGGGAUAUUUCUGUCAAACGAUAAUCAAUGAUGGAAAAAUACCCACUUAUAAAGAAAGCACACCUCUUAGACCACAUCAGAAACUUCAUGGUAGAGAGAGUUCCUAUGAAUGUAAGGAAUGUGGGAAGGCCUUUAGUCGUAGCUAUCAACUGACUCAACAUCAGAAAAUUCAUACUGGUGAGAAACCUUAUCAGUGUAAGGAAUGUAAGAAGGCCUUUCGUUGGGGCAAUCAGCUUACCCAACAUCAGAAAAUUCACACUGGUGAGAAGCCUUAUGAAUGUAAGGACUGUGGGAAAGCCUUUCGAUGGGGUUCAAGCCUUGUUAUUCAUAAGAGAAUUCAUACUGGUGAGAAACCCUAUGAAUGUAAAGACUGUGGGAAAGCCUUUAGACGUGGUGAUGAACUCACUCAACAUCAAAGAUUUCAUACUGGUGAGAAAGACUAUGAAUGUAAAGAAUGUGGGAAGACCUUUAGCCGUGUGUAUAAACUUAUUCAACAUAAGAGAAUUCAUAGUGGUGAGAAACCCUUUGAAUGUAAAGACUGUGGAAAGGCCUUUAUUUGUGGGUCAAGCCUCAUUCAACAUAAGAGAAUUCAUACUGGUGAGAAGCCCUUUGAAUGUCAAGAAUGUGGGAAGGCCUUUACUCGUGUAAAUUAUCUUACUCAACAUCAGAAAAUUCAUACUGGUGAGAAACCUCAUGAAUGUAAGGAAUGUGGGAAGGCCUUUCGUUGGGGGUCAAGCCUUGUUAAGCAUGAAAGAAUUCAUACCGGUGAGAAGCCGUAUAAAUGUACAGAAUGCGGGAAGGGCUUUAAUUGUGGUUACCACCUUACCCAGCAUGAAAGGAUUCAUACUGGCGAGACGCCUUAUAAAUGUAAGGCAUGUGGAAAAGCCUUUAUCUAUGGGUCAAGCCUUGUUAAACAUGAGAGGAUUCAUACAGGUAAGAAACCCUAUGAAUGUAGAGAAUGUGGGAAGACCUUUAGUCAUAGCCAUCAGCUUACACAGCAUCAGAAAAGUCACACUAGUGAGGACGUCUAUGAAUGUAAGGAAUGCGGGAAGGCCUAUAGUCACAUAAGCCAUCUUAGAGAACACCAGAGAAUUCAUACUGGUGGAAGUCAAGAAGACCUGGAGACAGCCUUCAGACCUUCAUCAACAUGAGGAGAAUCUCUGGUAUAAUGUAACAUAAGGAAGCCUUCACUGGUCCCUCCUCUGCUUGUAGACUAUCAGAAUAGUCACACUGGAGGUACAGGUGGAGAAUGGGGAAUCAUUUUUUCUUCAUGACCACAUCAAGCUCAGUGUAGGCAAUUUUUUGCUGGAUAGGUUCAUUUUAACAAAUGCGUAGAAGCCUUCCGGUACCGUUCAAUCUUGGCUAAACUUCAGCAGGUUCAUUCUAGGGAGUAGCCCUGUUAAUGUAACAUGGCUCACACCCUACCUGUCAUCAUCACCAUACCACCUGUUUAUUCCCUGUGAGAUGCUGGAAAACUCCCCCUGUGCAUUAUUUGUAAAAUGGGGAUAAUCACACCUACCGAAAACUGCUGUUGUGGGGGUGAAAUGAGUUUGAUAUGUGUAAACUCCUUGCAAAUGUGUCUGGAACAUUCUGUAAGCUCAAUAAACAUUAGCUGUUGUUCUUACGGUCAGUCAUUCCCAUUACUAUUGUUGUGGGUGAGUUCUCGCAUGAGGAAGACCUGUGGGUGCAAUGAACUGAGAAACAACCAUUGAACUUCCAGAAGAAAACAGAAGAUUAUCUUCACAAGCUAGGGUUAAACAAAAAUUUCUUAGCACAUGAAAGAUACUAAACAGAAAAUAAAAAGUUAAUAAACUGGACCUCAUCAAAAUUACAAAGUUCCAUUCAUCAAAUGAUGCCACUAAGAUAACAAAACUACAAGAAACAAGACUGGCAGAAGAUAUUUGCUCUAUGUACACCUGACAAAGGACUCAGAAAAUACUUUUUUGAAUUCCUCAAGUUAAUAAUAACCAGCCAAUAAAAGGAUGGUGGGGGAGAGACUUGAAUAGACACUUCACAAGAGAAGACACUCGAAUGGCCAGCAAGUAAAGGAAAAGUUGCUUCCUUUCAUGAGGGAAGCUGGAGGUCCUAUAGCAGAUGUAGGAGGGUGAUGCAAGAGGAAGGGAAGUGGACUUGCCUGGGGAAUGGACCAAGGCCCAGGACAGAGUCCUGGGAGAGUUGGGGAAUAACUUAGGCCCAGGGGAGGGAUCUCAGUCUUUCUAGAAAGUGUUAGAGUGGGGGAGUGCAUUAUCUUGGGGAAAGCCCUGAGAAUAUGGACAGGAGAGGAGCAAGAACCUGUGAGAAUAAGUCUGGAAAGGUCAGAAGUGCUAAUGGGGACAUGAGGGCCUGGGGCAUGGGGAAGGCAUGGGAGGCUUCUGGGAUACUGAGAAAGGGGAUAGAGAUCAGGUGAGGGGCCUGUGAGGGCCAGAGGAGGAUUUGCAUGCUUGAAAGCAUAGCCUGGUGGACCUAGGGUAGGGGCUAAAGCCAGUGGGAGAAGCCUGGAUGAGGUGGUGGGGGUGGUUAGAGCCCCCAGAAGUGCCCUAUAAAGGAUCCAGAAUCUGGGGUUCAAGUUGGGCUUACACUUGAUUUGCUUCAGGGUUAUGGUUACAUUUAAAUUAGAGCUACUUAGUCCUUGGGUUAUGUAUUCCUUAGAUAAGGGGUGGGUGAAGGGUUUGGCUCCUCUGGAGGGAUAGGAUGGGGAGGUGUGUUCAGGGAGAGGGUUGCCAGCCCUAGAUCUGGGCCUGAGAGGUAGGAGUCAUCCUAUACUAAGUUUCAGCACCCUUACUAAUCAUUCUUGCAGGGGUUAUCCUCCAUGGUGCCCCAGCAUCAGCAGACGGGGCCUCUCCCCACCUACAAGAGCUACGGGUGUUAGGGAUGGGAGUCCCACCUGUCCAGACAUUUCUGCAUAAACAGAAGAGCUGGUGGGGCAGGGAGAAAAGGGCAAGCAGAGGAGUAUGAGGCAGAAAAGGGAGGAGAGAAGCUUAAGGAGGGGAAAUUGGAAGAUGGGUGUUAGGAGAAGGAGAAAGACUAUAAAAAGGGUAAAAAGUGUGAGGAGAGAAGCAGAAUGCAAGGAUGGUGAUGGGAAUCAUCCUGAGAAAUAGGAGGAGGCAGUCCUGGGAAGGCCUCAGGUAGGACGCUUGGUUCAAGGUAUAGAAAUCUAAUUCAAACCAACCUAAGCAAGGAAAGAUAAGAAUUGGCUCACAUAAGGAAAAAGUCCAAAGGGAGUACUGGCCUUAGAUGGACCCAGGGCUCACACAAAACUUGAAUCAUCUGCCUUGAAUUUGGACUCUGCUCUCUUAAAGUAGCUUUCAUGCUGACCAUCCCCAUAUCUCAUCACAUUUACAGCUUGCAGUUCCAGGAAGAAGAGAAACUCUCCCAAACACUCCGACCAGUUUUGCCUAACCUGAGAAUAAACUCCAUGGCAAGGUGGAUUCAGAAUACAUUCAUGGGGGACGUAAGUCAUCCUGGCAACAUGGGACAUGACUCUCAGGGAUGAGCCUGGCCAUGGCAUCCUGGAAUUAGCAAUGCCUUCUUGACCAAAAUGGG